AUGCGUGACAUCAUCAAUGUGCUUGUGUACUGCCUCAUUAUUGAACGGAAGCUACCUCAUGAUACUCAGAUGCUUCGUAGUCUUGCUUGUAAUGUCUUACUUCAGGUGGUAUCAAGAGAACCUGGGUGCUGGGAAACUUGGGAGACUGUUGUAACAAGCUUGAGUGGUGUUGUCGCCAGCAGUAGUCGUCCAUGGGGUCAACACAUUGGAGCUCUUAUUGGCCUUCUUACUCUGGGAUCAGCUGCAUUAUUAAAAAGUUUGACACCCAUAGCUAGGCCAUACCAUAAUCGAUUAAUGCAUGCCAUAUCAAAGUCUUCAACAGCCACAACACGGGAUGUUCAUGAUGCGCACACAGCAAAUGGUCUCCUUUUGGCUGGUUUGGUGAAAGUGAUGACAUCAUUUAUAAAAGGUCUGCCAGACUAUUUAGAGAUUGUAUCGUCAAAAGAGUCAACCAAUGAAAGUAAUGAUUCUAAUCAUGGAAUUGAUAGACUGUCUCCCUCUGGGGUUGGUAACAAUGAAGUUACUCUGGAUCAAGUUUUAGAGAUAUAUAGAUUAGGAGAGGAAGCAUUUGGUCAGAGUUUUGUUGUUCAGGUCCCUUGUGUUUAUAUGUGUUGCACUCGUAACCAAGUGCCCAGUUUUUUACAAUCAUCUGUUUAUAGGGACCAAGCCAUUACAGGAGAUGCACUCCUCAAUCCACCACCAACAAAACGUGCAAAGAAUAAAGCACAUUAUCCAAUGACCAAACCAAAGCCAAGAAGAGGUCCCCCAAUCCCAUUGUCACGGGUCUUUGAAGGUUAUAAACCUCUCUCAGAUAAAAGAGACUAUAUUCCCAUGAGCAUCCGAGGAUGCUGGGUAAAGUCUCUAGACAAGCUUGUUAAGAAAGAAGGGACAUUCCCUGCUGUGAUUCCUCAUCCCCAUCGAAAACUACUUGCCCGUUACUGUUCCCGUAUCACUGGCUGCAUGCCACAUAAUACUUUCACACGACCCCUGUAUCCCCCUCUGAAACCUGGGUAUUCAAUGCAAUAUUUAAUAUUGUAAUGUUAUAUUCAUUCUGUGAAGUACAGUAUGAAAAGUUAACUUGUGUAAUUGGUAAAUGCCAUGUACAGUGUUUUUCAAGUGCAUUCUCAUUUCACAUUAGUCCAGUGUGCAUUAGUACUGAUGUAAAACUAUUAAAGCUUGUAAGUUA